GUCACUUCCGCCGCUCGGAGCAGGAAGGGGCGGGGCCACACUGCCGGACGCUCGCCCUGCGUUCGUUCAACAUGGCGGCGGGACCAAUUUCGGAAAGAAACCAAGAUGCCACUGUGUACGUUGGUGGCCUGGACGAGAAAGUCUCAGAGCCGCUACUAUGGGAGCUUUUCCUGCAGGCUGGCCCUGUGGUAAACACACACAUGCCCAAAGACAGGGUCACAGGCCAACACCAGGGUUAUGGCUUUGUGGAGUUUCUCAGUGAAGAGGAUGCUGACUAUGCCAUCAAAAUUAUGAAUAUGAUAAAGCUCUAUGGGAAACCCAUUCGAGUCAAUAAGGCCUCGGCACACAACAAAAACCUGGACGUGGGUGCCAACAUCUUCAUUGGUAACCUGGAUCCAGAGAUCGACGAGAAACUGCUCUACGACACAUUCAGUGCCUUUGGUGUGAUCCUCCAGACGCCCAAAAUCAUGCGCGACCCAGACACCGGCAACUCCAAGGGUUACGCCUUCAUCAAUUUUGCCAGCUUUGAUGCAUCAGACGCCGCAAUUGAGGCCAUGAACGGCCAGUACCUGUGCAACAGGCCUAUCACGGUGUCCUACGCAUUCAAGAAAGACUCCAAAGGGGAGCGCCACGGCUCGGCUGCAGAGCGCCUCCUGGCUGCACAGAAUCCUCUUUCGCAGGCAGACAGGCCUCACCAGCUGUUUGCAGAUGCUCCGCCGCCUCCCUCUGCGCCGACUCCAGUCCUCACCACACUGGGAACUGGGAUGCCCAUGCCUGGAAUGCCGCCUCCUGGUGCUUUCCCUCCUGUGCCUCCCCCAGGUUCGAUGCCUCCAGGGAUGCCACCUGGCAUGCCCAUGCCUCCGUCUGCAGGGACACCAGGACCACAGGCUGCCAGCUCAGGACCUCCACCUGGACCUCCUCCUUUCCCCCCAGCCGGCAUGCAUCCAGGUAUGCCUCAGAUGCCCAUGCCCCCUCAUGCACCCCCUGGCAUGGUGCCCCCACCCCCUGCUCCCCCAGGAUCAAACCAGCACCGGGCCCCACCGCCCCCUGGCAUGCCCCCCCACCCACAUAUGGGCAUGCCACCCAGAGGACCAUACGGACCUCCCAUGGGUCCCCCCAUGCAUCCGGGUAUGAGAGGGCCACCUCCUCCCAUGCCUCCACCUGGCUAUGGCAGUGGCCCUCCCCGCCCACCUCCUUUUGGUUUCCAGAGAGGGCCCCCCAUGCCACCGAGGCCUCCCGGUGCCCCACCACGGGUUCCCAUGAGAGGACCAAUGCCACCGUAAUCGAUUUAAGACCACAGCAAGGGAUUCUCAUUUUGAUUUUUUUAACAUCUCUAGAUCUAGUUUAUAAUUGUGAACUUGGACUACCAACACUUUGUAUCUUUUGUUUGUCAAUGUACAGAUGCUGUCCUGUGAGGAAUAAAGCUUUUAACACAAAUAGA